GACAAAAAGCUUAUCUUCGAUAUGAUACUUUGAGAGAAAUGAAUCAACUGUACAAUGAUCUGGACGAUUAUAUGACUCAAGAACGACUUCGAAGCAAACAUGAUGUUUCGGUUUCUUCGUCAGUCAAUACUUACCAUACGAAAAAGGAUGAAUUUUACUUUGAGCCUAAGCCCAACGAAAUUGAAGUGCUAUUUGCUGAUCCUCCUAUCUGUUUUUGUGGCAAAGUUGCCUCAAAGAGUUAUUCAUUGGAAUAUGGCCCCAUUCUCGAAUGUCAUCAGUACGCUAUUAAACCAUUGUCCAGUCACACUAUGGCUGACAACAGCUCUGCUAGCAGCGCUGCCACUGCAACUAAACCUGCUCUCGCCAGACUACAAAAAGAAAUUGUUUGUGGAUUUCAUGUUCAUGAGUACUCUUGGAAUAAAAUCAAACAUGAUCUCCAAACCAAGGGCAGUUGUUUUGAAAGCCUAUCAUAGAUCUUCAGACCACCGUCGAGGUCGUCAUCAUCGUGGUCAUACUUUUGAUGAUGAUGAUGAUGUUGAUGAUGAUGAAGACAAUUGUCCUCUUCAUGUUCAGCUGCAGUUUGCUUGUGUUAAUGGCGAAGUAGAUGGUGCCAAGAAAUGUGCGUUUGUUAUGGAUGCUAUUGAGGUGGCCUUUGACAAACCUUCAGUGCGUAUGCAUGCGUUGGUAGAUCAAGAAACUUACUGUUCUGCAAAGCAGCAAGCAAGAGAGGAUUAUUUCAAUAAGUUGGGAAACCAGAGUGACAGUAAGCAAGCACUGUUCAAGGAAGAGACUCAUCAUUUCGAUGAAGCGUAUAUAAACGAACAGAAAGAACGACACAUGCUGAAUCUGAUAUCCACGCUAAAUAGUCAUCCACAGCAACAGCAGCAGCAGCAGCAGCAGCAGGGAUUAGUGGAAAUAGUACCGCCUACUUUCCAUUAUCCUAGUACCGCUAAUAAUGUAGUAGAGCCAUCCAAUUCUCAAUCCAGUUCCUCCAAUUGUUCACCACCGCCAUUACAAACAACUUCACCUUAUACUACGCCUCCACAAACACCAUCUACAGCCACCACUGCCGUUAAUACGCCAAACAUAAUGACAGCAGUAGUCGAUACCCCGAAGAAGUCGAUGCCCACCAUGCUUUUUGUACCAACGAAUGUAAUGGCUAAACAGCAGCAGCAGCAACAAAAAAAGUUAUUACAGCGACAACAAUCACUGCCACAACCCGGUCUCAGUUCUUCGUCCUCUACAUCGAGCUCUUCUUCUUACAGCAAUCAUUCAGUUCACACCUCAUCUUCUGCUCCAGUUGGACCCAAUCCACUCUUUCAUAUACCCCAUCCUCCCAUGCCCCCCACCAAUACGGGUACAGCCCAUACUCCUCUUAGUCCUACUGCUACGACGAGUUCUCCAUUUUCUAAUAGCUGCAGCAGUAGCAAAAGUAGUCAUAGUAGCCUUGGUCAUUAUCGCCUUGCUCAUCUUGAUGAAUUAUCAAUACAUCAGAUACAAAAAGAGUGCGAAGUCAUGUUGAACAUGCUCAAGAUGAAGGAAGAAAAGUUCAGAAACACAUUUGCUGAGCAACAAACAGACAUUUAUCGUGGUAGGAACGAAACAGUGGAAGAAAGGUUUCUAAGAAAAAGUUGCCAAAAACGCCUUUCCGAUCUAGAAGAAGACAUUGUGAAGCUGUAUAAUGAGAAUGAAGUCUUGGGCAAUAAAUUACACAAGUUGGAAGAGGAAGAGAGGAUUCGUCGAGAAAAAAACGAUGAAUUGAUGAAUAACAAGUGUCGAGUGUGUUUUACACGUAACAUUGAAUAUUGCUUAGUACCUUGCGGUCAUUAUGCCUAUUGUGAAAGAUGUGUAAUGAAAUUGACUGAAUGUGCUAUUUGUAGACAUUCUAUUGAUAGACUUCAAAAGCUGUACACUUGUUAAAACUUCCCAUUCCAGCUUAAUCUAACUACUACUGUUCUAUCAUUUGUCAAAAUAUACCCCUUCUGUAGUCUUUCUCUUACAUCCUUAUUCUAUACACAUGUAUAUAACACAUAUAUGCAUUUCUUUAUAAUUAUCUUUACUUUUACUUACACAUUAUUAUAGCGUUGCUUAUUCUUUUCUUUUCCUAUUUUUCUUUA